GGGGACAUGGGCGGGGCUGAGGCGCUUCUCCUUUGCAUCCAUUCUUAGUGGGGCGGCAGGGCUGGAGAGACCUCCGGGGAGCACACUCGCCAGUCCGGCACGGAGACCCACCUGGCCCCCCAAAAAGGACAAAAAAAAAAGGACAAAAAAAAAAAAUCAUAAACAAAACAAACACCGCGCCUCAUCUUGCCAGGAUUGCAAACAUCUCCCAAAAAUAUACCUGCUAUUUAUGGCAUGUGGCUUGUAACUUUACUCCUGCUGUACUCUCUCCAAGAAGUACACAGUGAGGAUGUGGGCUCUACCAGGCUGUACUUUGUGAAUGCCUCCCUGCAGAGGGUAACCUACUCCAGCUCUGUGGGGGUGUCCCUACCCUGUCCAGCAGGGGGCACCCCCAGUGCCAUUCUGCGCUGGUACCUGGCCACCGGCGACGACAUCUACGACGUGCCCCACAUCCGCCACGUGUACGCCAACGGCACUUUGCAACUGUACCCCUUCUCGCCGUCCGCCUACAACAGCUACAUCCAUGACAACGACUACUUCUGCACUGCCGAGAACCAGGCGGGCAAGAUCCGCAGCCCUAACAUCCGCAUCAAAGCUGUUUUCAGGGAGCCCUACACAGUGCGGGUGGCGGACCAGCGCAGCAUGCGGGGCAACGUAGCUGUGUUCAAGUGCCUCAUCCCCACAGCCGUGCAGGAGUAUGUCAGCGUUGUUUCCUGGGAGAGAGACACGGUCUCUAUCGUCCCAGGUAACCGCUUCUUGCUGACCUCCUUUGGGGCUCUGUACAUCUCAGAAGUUCAGAAGGAGGAUGGCCUCUCCACAUACCGGUGCAUUACCAGGCAUAAAUACAGCGGGGAGACACGCCAAAGCAAUGGGGCCAGGCUGUCAGUCAUGGACCCCAAUGAGUCCUCACCCACCAUCCUGGACAGCUUCCAAGGAGGCGAGGUGUAUGCAGGCCAGAGUAUCGAGCUCCCGUGCAUAGCAGGAGGCUACCCCAGCCCCGCUGUGCGUUGGCUGAAAGACGGCCGCCCGCUGCCGUCGGACGCCCGCUGGACACGGCGUUUGACGGGCUUGACCAUCAGCGACCUGCGCCAGGAAGACAGCGGCAACUACGCGUGUGAAGUCACCAACAGCUUCGGCUCUAAGGAAGUGUCCGGACAGCUCCACAUCAUAGAUCCACUUCGAGUGACCUUAUCACCCAAGAACUUGAAAACGGGAAUUAGCAGCACACUCUUCUUCACCUGCACUGUGGAGGGUUCUCCGGAAUACACCAUCAACUGGUACCGAAACACGGAACCCAUCUUCCCCGACCAGCACAUCUCCAUCCAGGGUCAACACAAUGACACGCUGCAGAUCACUGCAGCUCAGAAGUUCCACUCUGGGGCUUACCAGUGCUUUGCUUCCCGCAAGGGCCACACAUCUCAGGACUUUUCCAUCAUUCUGCUUGAGGAUGGCACCCCUCGCAUCGUGACGUCCUUUAGCGAGCGGGUGGUCAACCCCGGCGAGCCUUUCUCCCUGGUGUGCGAGGCCAAAGGAGCACCGCCGCCUUCCAUCACCUGGACGCUAGACGACGAACCCGUGGUGCGAGACUCCACCUACAAGACCAGCCAGUACACCCAGUCCGAUGGCCUGACCGUGUCCCACGUCAACGUCAGCAACCCGCUCAUCCGGGACGGGGGAGUCUAUCGUUGCGUCGCACGCAACUCGGCCGGCAGCGCCGAGUACCAAGCGCGCAUAAACGUAAGAGGUCCGCCCCGAAUCAGACCCAUGCGAGACAUGACGGCAGUGGCGGGCAGGAAUACGUACAUAACGUGCCGGGUCAUCGGGUACCCUUAUUACUCCAUUAAGUGGCUGAAAGACGGCAUGCAGCUGCCCGAUAAUCACCGACAAGUGUUGUUUGACAAUGGCACCCUGCGGCUGACCGACGUGCAGAAGGGCGCCGAUGAGGGCACCUAUCUUUGUAGCGUUCUCAUCCAACCCCACGUGUCAAUCAACCAGACUGUACAUGUUUCUGUCAAAGUUCCCCCACUCAUCCAACCCUUCGACAUCCCCUCUACCUCAGUGGGGAAGCUCAUCUACAUCGCCUGCGUGGUGUCAUCAGGCGACAUGCCCAUACGCAUCACCUGGCACAAAGACGGCCAGCUCAUUGUGCCGGGCCCCACCUCGGGCGUGGCAAUAGAGACCAAAGAGUUCAUGAGCUCCCUUCAAAUCUCCAAGGUGACGCUAAAACACAACGGGAACUACACUUGUAUCGCUAGCAACGCUGCCGCCACCGUCAGCUGGGAGCGACAGUUGAUUGUGACGGUGCCACCGCGUUUUGUGGUGCAACCCAACAACCAGGACUGCAUCUACGGCAAAGCCGGAGUUCUCAACUGCUCCGUGGAGGGUUACCCGCCCCCGAAGGUUAUGUGGAAACAUGCAAAAGGUGUCGGAAACCCCCAGCAGUACCAUCCAGUCCCUUUAACCGGCCGCAUCCAGAUCAUGUCAAACGGAUCGCUGCUCAUCCGACACGUGCUGGAGGAUGACCGGGGAUACUACCUUUGUCAGGCCUCCAAUGGAGUGGGCUCAGACAUCAGCAAGAGCAUGAUUCUCACUGUCAAGAUUCCUGCAAUGAUCACCAGCCACCCAAACACCACCAUGGCCAGGAAGGGCCAGACCAAGGAGUUGAACUGCACAGCUCGAGGCGAGCAGCCCAUCAUCAUCCGCUGGGAAAGAGGGGACACGGUUAUCGACGCCGAGAGGAACCCCCGUUAUUCAAUCACCAUCAACAAGAAGGGAGAUGAAGUCAUCUCCACCCUAAAGCUGAACCCUGCGGACAGAGGAGAUUCAGUCUUCUUCUCUUGUCAUGCUAUUAACUCCUAUGGAGAAGGCAGAGGACUCAUCCAACUCACUGUGCAAGAGCCACCAGAUCCACCCGAGCUGGAAGUAAGAGAGGUCAAAGACAGGAGCAUGAACCUACGCUGGAUCCAAAGGUUUGACGGGAACAGCAUCAUCACAAGCUAUGACAUUGAGUACAAGAACAAGUCCGACUCUUGGGACCACAUGUACACAACCAGGAACAUCUCACCGACCAAUAACCAGGCCAACAUUGUCGAGUUGCACCCAGCUUGUGUAUACAGCAUCCGCAUGUAUUCCUAUAACAAAAUUGGUCGCAGCCUCCCAAGCAAAGAGCUGACAAUCAGUACAGAAGAAGCGCCACCUGAUGGGCCGCCAAUGGACGUAAUUUUGCAGCCCAUGACAUCACAGAGCAUUCGGGUCACAUGGAGGGCGCCCAAGAAGGAGCUACAAAACGGCGUUAUCCGUGGCUACCAAAUCGGGUACAGAGAAAACGGCCCAGGCAGCAAUGGCCAAUACAGUAUUGUGGAAAUGAAGGCAACAGGAGAUAGCGAAGUAUACACGUUAGACAACCUAAAGAAGUUUGCCCAGUACGGCGUGGUGGUCCAGGCUUUCAAUAGAGCGGGAACGGGGCCUUCCAGCACAGAGAUCAAUGCAACCACACUGGAAGACGUGCCCAGCGAACCCCCCCAGAACGUGCGAGCCAUCUCGGUCACGUCGGACGAGGCGGUGAUCACGUGGGCGGAGCCUCCACGGCUGACGCUGCACGGUGUGCUGAAAGGCUACCGAGUGGUGUUUUGGUCCCUCUUCCCCGACGGAGGUGGGUGCUGUGGAAGCCGGGCCCAAUGGCCAAUGCAGAAGUGGGGAGAGAUGCAGAACAUCACCACUACACGUGAACAAGUGGAGCUACGCGGACUGGAGAAAUUCACUAACUACAGCGUUCAGGUUCUGGCGUACACGCAAGCCGGCGACGGAGUCCGCAGCAACGUCUUGUACAUUCAAACACGCGAGGAUCUUCCCGGUCCACCGGCUGGCAUCAAGGCAGUUCCGUCGUCUCUUAGUAGCGUGGUGGUGUCCUGGUUGCCUCCCCACAAACCAAAUGGUGUCAUCCGCAAGUACACCAUUUACUGCUCCAGUCCAGGCUCUGGACAGCCGGCUCCGAGUGAGUACGAGGCCAACCCGGAGAUGCUGUUCUACCACAUCACGCACCUGAGCCGAGGCAAACAAUACCACAUCUGGGCCGCCGCCGUGACGACUGCCGGCCGGGGCAACAUGAGCUCAAAGGUCAUCGUGGAGCCGGCCGGAAAAGUCCCGGCCAAAAUCUUGUCCUUUGGGGGAACUGUGACCACGCCCUGGAUGAAGGAAGUAAGGCUGCCCUGCAAAUCCGUGGGGGAGCCGGCGCCAACCAUCAAAUGGACAAAAGACAGCGAGGACGCGGCCAUUCCGGUGACAGCUGACAGUCAGCGGCAGAUUUUAUCCAACGGCACGCUAGUUUUGCGCUCAGUCAAAGCGGAAGAUUCUGGCUACUACACGUGCACGGCCACCAACACCCUCGGAUUUGACACCAUCAUUGUCAAUCUGGUGGUGCAAGUUCCUCCAGACCAGCCCCGCCUCACUGUCUCCACCACCUCCACCUCCUCCAUCACCCUAGCUUGGAUCCCAGGGGACAACGGUGGAAGUUCCAUCAGAGGAUUCGUGCUGCAGUAUUCCGUGGACAACACCGAGGAGUGGAGGGAUGUUUUCAUCAGCUCCAGUGAACGUUCCUUCCGCUUGGACAAUCUGCGCUGUGGAACGUGGUACAAAGUCAAGCUGGCUGCCAAGAACAGCGUGGGCUCAGGGCGCAUCAGUGAGAUUAUUGAGGCCAAAACGCAUGGCAGGGAGCCCGUAUUCAACAAGGACCAGCCGCUGCUCACUCACAUCAACUCCACACACGCAGGGCUCAACCUGCAGGGUUGGACCAGCGGUGGCUGCCCUAUCACUGAUAUGAUGCUGGAGUUCAGGCCCAAAGGCACCUGGGCUUGGCAGAGCAUUAAAGCUAAUUCUACCACUCAGCUAUUCCUCAGUGAGCUGCGGGAGGCGACUUGGUAUGAGCUUAAAAUGAAGGCUUGCAACAGUGCCGGCUGUGGCAACCAGAGCUCGCAGUUCGCCACUACCGAUUAUGAUGGAAGCACAAUUCCUCCCAUUAAAUCCGCCCGCGGGGAGGGCGAUGAUGUGAAGAAGUUGUUUUCCAUCGGCUCACCUGUUAUUCUGGUCACCAUCGGCGUUGCUUUGCUUUUCAUAAUUCGCAAGAAACGUAAAGAGAAGAGAUUGAAGCGACUUCGAGAUGCGAAGAGCCUUGCUGAGAUGCUAAUCAGCAAGAACAAUCGCAGUAUCGACACUCCAGUGAAGGGUCCUCCUCAGGGACCACGUCUCCACAUCGACAUACCCCGCGUUCAGCUGCUGAUUGAGGACAAGGAAGGCAUCAAACAGAUAGGAGAGGACAAGGCUGCGGUACCAGUAACAGACACCGAAUUCAGCCAAUCGGUCAACCCGCAGAACUUCUGCACAGGCGUGUCUCUUCACCAUCAAGCCCUCAUCCAAAAUUCCGGACCUUUGAUUGACAUGUCAGACAUCCGUCCGGGCACGAAUCCCGUCUCCAGAAAGAGCAUCAAAUCAGCUCACAGCUCGAGAAACAGAUACUCCAGCCAGUGGACGCUGAGCCGACCCAGCCAGAGCCAGUCGACGGCCUCGGCGCGAACUCUCACCUCGGACUGGCGGACCAUGGGCUCUCAUGCCAUCACCGCCACUGAAAGUGACAGCUACAGCGCCAGCCUCUCCCAAGACACAGAUAAGGGUCGUAACAGCAUGGUGUCUACGGAGAGUGCCUCGUCUACUUACGAGGAGCUGGCCAGGGCCUACGAACACGCCAAGCUGGAGGAGCACCUGCAACACGCCAAGUUCACCAUCACCGAAUGUUUCAUCUCGGACAGCUCCUCGGACCAAAUGACCACCGGCACCAACGACCCGGCCGACAGCAUGACCUCGCUCAGCACGCCGUCCGAGCCGGGCAUCUGCCGCUUUACUGCCUCGCCGCCCAAACCGCAGGACUACGACCGCGGGAAAAAUGUGGCGGUGCCCAUUCCUCAUCGUGCAAACAAAAGUGAAUUCUGCAACUUACCCCUUUACAUGAAGACGGACCCGUUCUUCCGUAAGCAGGGGGAGCUGCACGAUCCCUGUCCGGCCGUGCCCCCGCGGGAAGCGUCCAUCCGCAGCCUGAGCCAGCGUGCGUAUCACACGCAGGGCCGCCACAAGACUCUAGACUCUGCCAAGCAGCAGGCGCUGACUCUGGGCCACUCGGGCCCGGGCAGCCUGGGCUCGGGCACGGCCACCCUGCCCCAGCGGACUCUGACCAUGCCCGGCUCCAACGCGGCGGCCACGGCCUCCACGUCCAGCACGGGCAGCAACCCCAGCAACAGCGGUAACAAGAUGGGCGGCUCCAGAGACUCGUUGCUGGAGAGCAGCUCGUCCGCACUGGGCCGGCUGCAGAAACAGAGCGCGGGGGCUUACUCCAAGUCCUACACGCUGGUCUAGUCCGCGCUACGUUUUCUACCUGCCGUAGGAGCUAACUUUGCUUUUUAAUCUCCACGCGGGACUCUACAAAAUAUCUACUAACUCCGACUAACAGUUACGGCCGGCUGACGCGGAGUUAUCGAUGAUUAGUCUCCGUGACGGCGAGGACUACGUUUCUCAUACGCAUACACACACGCUGUCCUUCAUCGUUUUGAGUAUUACUGACCAUUUGGAGGACUUCUGCUUCAGUUCCUUAUUCUUAUUGUAUCUUUUUCCCCUUUGUGUCUCUCUCCGAUUGGCAAUCGUCCUCUAAAAGAUGUUCAGCUUCACUUUGAGAAAAAGUCUCGAUCGGCCAACCCCGAUGAAUCACCUGCAAAUAGAGUGUUUGCUAUUUAAAAAAGAAUAAGAUCUAUAUUUCUAUGUAGAUAUAUUGACAUCUUAGUGAACAUAUGACAAAGCCUAAAGGCACUGUAUUUACACAAAUGUCAAAUUAUAAAAGAAUGAGACAAUCGCUCAAUCAUGAUAAAAGAAAUAUUCAUGAAAUGUUUGAUUAAAGACUAAAUUAAAGCUAAGUAUGGAUGUUCUGAAUGGUUAAGAAGUGAUGUAGUGUUGAAAUGGGAAUGCGAGAGAUGUAUUCUUUAAUAUUAUUAUGAUAAAUAUGAAGAUUAGCACUCUGGUUGAAGGUAUGAUGAGGUUCAGCUACAUUGGUUUUCACAUUUUAUGUCCAUUUCAUGAAAUUUUCAAGUGCAGGGGCGGAACAUAGGGGGGUGCUAACGCACUAAGGGGCCCGGUUUGUGGGUGUGGUUGGGCGCGGGGAGGGUCAAAUGAUGCGCAGAGCUAUAAUAUAGUGUUUAAUGUUGUAUUCACACCAGGAUAGGCGCUAAAAUCCCCCCUCUCGCCUCCCUACUCUUUCCAGAGAAUAUAAACCCGGUAAUGUGACUCCUGAAAUAUCUUAAAGUUUAGAGCCGUUUCAGGGAUUUGAGUUGUGGACUUGAUCAAAUCGUUAUCUCAAUGAAUAUCUUCAAGUACUGUAAAUGCCCCAUAACACACAAGAAGCGACUGGAAUGUCUUUCUUAAGCAUCUCCACCUUAGGGUUAUGUGUUUUAUAUUUUAAUUUGUAUUUGUUUCAAGGUUGAUCAUGGUUUUAAUUGAUGCGGGCUAUCGUUGAAAUGUAGAGUCUAGACCAGUGGUUCUUAACGAUGCAAAACGUACCAGGAGGUACCCCAUGACUUUCCCAUGUGCGCCAACCAAACCCUUCGAAAUUAUAUAAUAAAGCUUUUUCCCCCGAUUUAGCACAGAUAUAUCUAAGCUAGCAAGCUAAUAUCCCCAUAAAUUCCAGUUUUUCUCAUUUUGAUUGCAUGUUUUAGGUCCACACUGCUCAUUGGUCUUCCUCAUACCAAGUGCGAGUCAACCUUCCACUGAGCAAACUAGCUUCAAACUAUCAGAUAGAGCAGUGUUUUUCAACCUGUGUGCCGUGAGAGUAUGUGUGGUGAAAUGAUCCAAUAUCAAUUUUUUUUUCUUUAUGUCGUCGGGCGGAGUUGCAGUAGAAAGGAAGGAGUAUGUAGAAGGUUGCAGUCAUGUGAGAUGAAAGAGGUAUUGCUCCUCGCAUUCAAUAACUGCUCGGAUUUCUAGCCAUCAGCCACCUUGGUGUCUGCGACAAUGUGCAACCCAGCACUAGGGCUGCAGCUAUCGAAUAUUUUAGUAAUCGGGUAUUUGAUUGAAAAUUCUACCGAUUGAUCGAGUAAUCGGAUAAAAAAUAUAUUUUUUAAGGUAAAGAGCAAUUAUAAAUAUAUAUGAAAAGAAGCAAAACAUUUCAUCUAAUAUUGAACCAUUUUCAGUCAAUGUCUUUAUUUUCUAUGUACAUUGUUGAAAACGGCCAACAAUUGCAACUCAUUUGUGACUAGGAAAAAAAAGCCUAAUUCACUAAUUUCACUCCAAAAACUUAUUUCUUACCUAAAAAUGUCAGUACGCUUGAUAACACACAUCACUUAUAAGUUAGGUGUUUUUCCCACAUGUUUUAAUUGAAUUUCCAUUUGUGUUAAGCUACUUUUAAGUUCCAGUUAAAGUGUAUUAUAAUACUAAGGGGCUGUGAGAUAUCAAUAGAACCGUUAUGUGGCAAGAUAACAAAUAUUAAUAAAGUUAACAAAAAAAUAAAUCACAUUCAUGAGCAAUUAUCGAAAAUAGAUCGAAAACAUUUCCAAAAGUAUUCCGGAAACAGCCGAAUGGGGCGGAGACGUCAUAACAAGUCAUGACAGAACAUUACUCCUCAAGUUCAGCAUUCGCUUCAGUGAUAUCUGGCGCGAUCUAACGUCGUGAAUGGGUAUAAUGUCUAGACCCCGAAUAUGAGAGGACGCCCACUUUUUCAGUCUUAUUUCAAUGCAAAAAAACACAGUCUUGUAUUCGGGCCAAUGCGGUAAUAAUUAUCUUUAAUCCUUGAACAAAUCACUCUUGAGACCCUCCUGCUACUUUUGUCCCGUUUCCAUCUAAAUCCGAGGUUAGAACGCAGCAUGUGUUUGAGUUUAUCGCAGUGAAAGCUAUCUCGAAGCCCUGCCUGGCACGGCCCCCUACAUGAAGCCACGGCGCAAUGUCCGUAGGAGCUGUCUUGUUAACUGAUAGUGAAGUCAAUGUAUAGAUAUUGAGGAAUUAUUUUAUAAUAUACCGUCCAGAAAGUAAUUUUGCAACAUUUUUAGUUUGUGGUGUGCCGUUAGAUUUUUUCAAAUGUAAAAACGUGCCGUGACUCUGAACAGGUUGAAAAACACUGAGAUAGAGGACUAGCAGUUGAUAGACAUGCCUGUAAAUUUGAGGCAAGCUAGACCAAAACCUGCUCUAAAACACAACUUUUCCUGAAUUUAGUUAACGUACGAAAACGUGUCCUACUUUCGUCGAACCCCUUAGGCUUAGUCAUCGAUCAAACCCAGGUUAAGAACCACUGUUCUAGACUGAGGUCUCAAGUCAGCCAAGCAAAUCAGGGACUCGUAGCUCUUUUGGUCCACAAACUGCUAUUAUGUAUAUAAAUAGUGGAGGGGAGUGUGAAUGUCUAAGAGAUGCGUUCAGGCUCUUCUCCUUUGCCCCCCCCCCCCAUGUGGAUGAAUUCAAGUUGAAAUAUCCAUAACCAUAUUAGAUGCAGCAGUGUUGUUUAUAGAUGAGGUCUUGUACAUAAAAACAGUUUUGUAUGAAGAGCUAUUUUCGUCAGAAUGGUUAAGGGGAUGUGUCACGCACGGCUUAAACCCCCCCUCGAUUUCAAGAAUUGAAAUAAAAUCCAAAAUAAAGGACAGAAUUUUACUUUGGGCAAAACGCUUUUGCUUUCCCUUCACGUUUUGAUACGAAUUUUACUUUGAAUUUUUUUUUAAGGUACUUGAUGUUAAUGUCAUUUGUCCCAUUGUUAUUAUUUUUUAUCAUUUUGUAUUUUGUCGAUCCUCUAAAACGUGCAUGCUUGCUAAAAGGGAAACAUUUGAAGACAAAAAAAAAAAAGUAUGAAAAUCAAAAACGUCCAAAAAAAAAAAAAUGUUGAGGGUAUCCCAAACAUUUGUUUGAGUUGCUUGUUACAGCAAUUGCUUGUGUUCAAAAGUACAUUUUCUAUGAAAAGAAAGCAAAAACUAAAAAGAUCAUUCUAACACCUUGUGCAAUAAAGCUAUCUUUCAUACGUCACGGUUUCGGUGGUUUUCACGUCGGGUAUGAUUGCAUCCAAGUCACUCAAAUGGACGCCGAAUGAAGACGAGAGUGUUGCCACAGAUUACUUGAGAAAGUAUGGUUCAAAAAAGUCAUCUAUUUGCUUUACUGAUGACUUUAUUAUUAGGGUUGUUCCGAUCAUGUUUUUUUGCUCCCGAUCCGAUCCCGAUCGUUUUAGUUUGAGUAUCUGCCGAUCCCAAUAUUUCCCGAUCCGAUUGCUUUUUUUUUUUUGGCUCCCGAUUCAAUUCCAAUCAUUCCCGAUAAUUUUUCCAGAUCAUAUACAUUUUGGCAAUGCAUUAAGACAAAAAUGAAUAAAACUCGGCCGAAUAUAUACAUUCAACAUACAGUACAUGAGUACUGUAUUUGUUUAUUAUGACAAUAAAUCCUCAAGAUGGCA